AAGGGACAUAACUCCCAAAAAUCAAAAUGUCACAUCCGCGGACACGUCUAUUUCCUUGAAAUAUUCAACCUGCCAGUGUUACUAAGUGUGUUAGAAAGUGAGGUGGCUUGCCUGAUCUGUUGGGAAAAAAGAGAGAUAAGGAAAGAUGGCUGAUGCAGGAGAAAAAGGAGAAGAUAGUUCCUCUCAGGGAGGAAGUCCCGCAUCAAAGCUGGACAACCUACCAAAGGAAGAUCUUCUGAAGUUUGUGAAGAGACAGAUGGUUAAUAUGCAGAAACUGAAAGGGAAAAAUGAUGAACUUGCAAAAAAGAUGGUAGAACUAGAGAAGAAAGGUGAUGGAGGGGGAGGUAAUGAUGUGGAGAAGAAGUUAGCAGAAGUAACAGCAGAAAAGGAAGGGAUAAUGAUGAAUUACCAAGCUGUCCAACUAGAAUUAGAAAAACAGAAAAAUCUUACUGAGGAUUUGGAAAUGGAAGUGAGUGAUCUUAAGGAGCAGAAAGAAGCAGUAGAGGUUCGUUUCACAGCUAUGGAGAAAUCUGACAAGGAGUUACGAGAGCAGUUGGAAUGUAUGAAGAUGAAAGAUGAAACUAUGACGACCACAUUCCAGGUGUUCCAAACAGAGACAGAUCAGCUCGCUAAAGCCAACAAAGAACUGAAAGAGCAAGUCCAGAUACUGACAGAUGCCAGGGAUCAGCUCAUGGAUAAAAUACAAACAUUAAAAACCAGCCAAUCAGAAUCUGCCACUUCUAACGAGGAAGCUUUACUUAUGCUCAAUGAGAAGAACCAGGGUCUCCAAGAAAUGGUAAAAGCCCUGGAAAAGGAUAAGCAGAACUCUGCGAAGGAGUUAGAGGAUUAUGAAAACAGAGUUAAGGAUCUAAAUUCUACCAUGACGGCUUUGCAGUCAGAAGUGGAGCAGUUGAACGGAGAAUCUGAAUCAGGCAAGGUGCAGAUGCAAGAACAAAUGGAGAAAUUUCGCAUCCUUGAACAAGAGAAGCAAGAGUUAGAAACAACAAUGAAUGCAAAACUUGAAGAAGUAACAAAAGGUUCAAACAAAGCGACUGAAGAAUAUGAUGAGAUCAUUAAGAAUUUGGAAGCAUUAAAAACUGAAAAUGAAAAAGUUAAGGCGGAGUUAAAUGAGGUUAUUGAAAGGGAAAAAGAGAGCAGUGCAAAGAACAUUGUACUGACAGAACAGAAUGAUGAGCUGCAAACACAGUUGAUUGAAAAAGAAAAGGAGAAUAAUUCAAAGGAUAAUGAGUUGAAAGAAGAAAACAAGAAACUCUUAGAUGAAUUAAAUAAAGUUAGAGAAAAGGAGAGUGAGUCACAGAAUGACUUAGAGAAGCUGAUGAGAGAGCUAACAGAGGAGUUGAAAAGAGUUCAAGAAGAAUUCGAUAAAAUGGAAGAAGAAUCAAAAAUAGUGAAGGAUUCCUUGCAAACUGAGUCUGAAAAGAACUCAGUUUUGCAAUCUGUUUUACAAGAGACACAGAACCAAGUGAAAGAAUUGACAAAUAGGGAAAAGGAUUUUGAGAACGAAUUGAAAGUUGCACAGGAAAAAUGCAAAGCUCUUGAGGCAUCAGAUCAAGCAAAAGAGUUUGAGUCGAAAGAAAGAAAACUUCAAAGUAUGAUUGAAAAGUUGGAAAAUGAGAUUGAACGCAAAGAAGAUGAGAUUCAUCAUUCUGAAGAAACUAGAGAAAAUCUUAUUUAUGAAAUAAAUGAACUGAAGGAAGAAAAGGAAAUAUCUAGAACUGAAAUUCAAACUAUGCAAGAAAAGGUGAAUGAAUGGGACAACUUAAUGGCUAUACUGAAAGCAGAGAAGGAUCACGUUAUUCAUGAACUUGAUGAAUCAGAAAAGAGGGAACAAAACUUUAGAAAAGAAAUAGACUUUCUUAUGACUUCAUUAAAUGAAGCUUUGAAGGAAAGAGAUACACUUCAGGAUGAAGUUUUCAAACACCAUGAGAAAGAUGGGUCAAUAAAUGAUGAAAUGGGUCACAUGAAAGAGAAGGUGCAAGAGUUAAUUGACGAAAAAUGUAGACUAGAAAAAGAACUUAAUGAGGCAUACUCUUCCAAAGGCGAGUGCUCGGUGGAAAUUCAGUCAUUGAAAUCUAAAUUGAGUAAAGUUUAUGAAGAUAAAGACUCAGUUGAAAGAGAAAAGGAGUCAAUGUCUGUGAUACUUCAACUUGCUCAAGAUAAAGCUGAACAUUUGUCAGAAGAAAAUGCAGCUCUUAGGACUGACUUAGAGCAAGUAGAGGAAUUAAACAGAAAAAUAGAGAGCUUAGAAAAGGAGAAGUGCAAUAUCUGUGAUACAGUAAAAAAGUUGGAAAGUGAGAAAAGUGAAAUUCAGAAAACAGUGAAAGAAAAAGAUACUUACAUUCAGGAAUUGGAAAUUAAGAUUUUGGAUAUGUCAGAGUCUUUGUCAAAGUCCAAGAGAAUGUAUGAAACAAUUAAAGGACAGAUUGAAAAUGAAGAGGCAUCUAUGUCAAAAGUGCAUGAAAAUGAAAUUACAGAAAUGAAACAGACAAUUGAUUUGUUAACGAAUGAAAAAGAUGAAUUACGGAAGGAGGUUGAUUCUAAGAGCAAUUUGGUUGAUGAAAAAGAGAAAGUUGUGAAUGAGAAACAGAAAAAAAUUUCAGCAUUGGAAGAUUUGGCUGAAAAUAAUGAAAAAGAAAUCGAGUCAUUGAAAAAUCAAGUCGAAAGUGUAACAGUAGAGAUUACCUCUCUUCAGAAUCAGAUUGACCAAUUAGAGGAAGAGAAAGAAAGGUUUAAAUCUGAAGUGGCUACUCUUAAUGAACAGUGUCAAAUAAGUGAUAAGGAAAUAAUGGAAGCAAAGUCCAAACUUGAAUCAACAAGUACAAGUCUAAAUGAAAAAAUAAAUGAAAUUCAAGCAGAGAAAGACAAUUUAAUCACAGAUAAACAGACACUUGAAUCACAGCUUCAAGAAAGCAAAAAGCAAAUUGAAGAUUUAACAGCUGAAAUUAAAAAAGUUAAGGAAGAUAAUGAAAAACUAGAUAAUUCUCAAAAAGAAAUGAUUGAAGAGAAGGCUGAAAUUAGUAAAAGAUUUCAGGCCUUGACAGAAGAAAUGGAGAAAUUAAAAGAAGAAAAGGAGCAAAGUGUUAAUGAAAUUGAGACUAUUAAAGCAGAGAGUGUGCAGUUAGUGCAGUCGUCUUCAAGUCAGGCAAGUGAAAUAGAACAAAAGAUUAAUGUAAUGACAAAUGAAAAACAUGAACUAGAGGAGAGGUUAAGUAGUGUAUGUGCAGAGAAAACCCAGUUUGAAUCUUGCAUAGUGGAACUGAGGCAGGAAAAAGAUGAACUUGUUCAGGAGAGAGAUAAAAUAAAGCUAUCUUUAGAGGAACUUGAAAAUCAAACAAAAGAAGAUUUGAGCAAACAGGAACAGGUUGUAGAUGAACUAAACUCUAAAAUUCAGACACAUGAAACACAGUUUAGUAGUUUGACUGAGAAAUGUGUAUCAUUGGAGAAUGAAUUAGGUAAUAUAUCUGAGCAGUUCAAACUUGUUACAUCAGAAAAGGAUGACAUGACCCAUAAAAAUGAAGAUUUAUUGAAUGAAGUUAAAAAACUAACGGAUGAAUUAGGGGAUGUCCAAGCACAAUUGGAAGAAAUGAAAACUCAAACUAGUAAAUUAGAGGAAGAAAAAGUUAAGAUUGGAAGUGAUUUUGAAACUAUAAAAGAAGAAACAGAGGUUAAAAUAAAUAAGAUCAAAGAACUUGAAAAUGAUUUAAAAGAAGUUUUAAGUUCCAGAGAAGAAUUAGAAAAACAGAUCACUGAAAUGAAAUCAUUUGUACAAAAGGAGCAAAAUGAUAAAGAAUCUAGUCUUCAAAGUGAAUUAGAUUGUUUGAAAAAGGAGCAAAGUGGUAAUCAAAAACAAAUUCAAGAACUAGAGAGUAAAGUGGGAACAUUGACUGAAGAACUGAAUAAAGUUACUGAUGAAUUGAACACCAUGUCUGGAAUUAAAGUUGAACUUGAAAGUAAUCUUAAAAUUGUUAAUGACGAAAGUGAAAGAAUCAAAAAUGAUCUGCAUUUGAAAUUAACUGAGCUUGAAAAGGUGAAUCACGAGAAUGAUAAACUGAAAGAAGCAGUCAAGCAGGUGGAAUCUGAAUCUACUGAAAAGGUCGAAAAUGCAGAGAAAACAUACAAAGACCUUGAAAACAAAUUCAAGCAAAUGGAAGAUGAGUUGAAACUCAGAUGUCAAGAGCUAGAAGAAAAAAUUCAAAUGUUAGAAAGAGAGAACCAUGGGAAAGAGCAAGAAAAAACUCAAAAAGCUGAGGAUGUCAAAUCAGAAGUUGAAAAGUUGAAAGCAGACUUGAAGACAAAGGAAGACAUGUGUAACAAACUCAAAACUGUUGCUGUGAAGACGAAAAAAGAGUUGGCAGAUAUAAAAACAAAGAAUGGGAAAGAAAAACAACAACUUGAAGAAAUAACAAAAGAAAGGGACAGCUUUAAAUUAGAUUUUGAGAAGACAUUACAGCAGUUUACAGAUUCCAAAGCAGACAUGGCUGAGCUGAAGGCAGACUUUGAGAAAACCUUACAACAGCUUACAGAUUUAAAAGCCGAAAUAGCAGACCUCAAAGCAGAGAAAGAUGUACUCAUUUCAGAGAAGGAAGCUCUUGGUGCACAGUUAAAGGCUCAGGAGAAGAUAGAUCAAGAGAUGGAGGCAAAUAAAAUACAGAAAGAUGAACUCAACAAGGAGAAACAACAGUUGCAGGAUAAGAUAAAAACACUGGAAGAUAGACAGAAAAGUGAUGAGGAGAAACAAAAAGAAGUGACCGAAGGUCUGCAACAACAAAUAAAGGCAAUGGAGAAAAAGUUGGAAAAUGCUAACAAGGAAGCAAGCCAGAGCAACAUGAUGGACCUUGAGAUAGCAGAUUAUGAAAGAACAGUUCAAGCACUUAAUACACAAGUCAGGGAGAAGGAUAGUGAAAUUGGAGAGAUGAAGACAGAGAUAGAGAGGCUUGAAGAACGAGCAAAAACUCUGCAAGGACAUAUUGAUGCUAUAGAGGAACAGAGAGUUCAGUCUGAGGAGAGAGGGAACAAGUUGAAACAACUACUUGUUAAAGCCAAGAAAGAUUUAGCCGAAGCAAAGAAAAUGGAAACGGAACAGAGAAGUUCCGAUGCUCAGCUCAGAGGUCAGACUGAAAGACUGCAGCAGCAUGUUGAAGAAUUGAAGGUUCAGAUUGCAUCAGUAUCAGCAGAGAAGCAGAGACUUGAAGAGAGAUUACGUAACAAUAGCGACAGUCAGCAGAAGACUAUCAGAUCAUUGGAGUGUCGAUUGACUGCAACACAGGCUGACCUUGACCUUGCUAGGAGUGAACUGACAGCAAGUCAGGAGGAAUAUGAAGGAUAUAAGGUUAGGGUUCACAGUGUUCUGAAACAGCAAAAGACUAAAGGACCUAAUGAUAGCCAAAAUGAGGGUGACAAGUUAGAAAGAGACAGGCUUGAAAGAGUGAUAGAACAACUGAAAGCUAAACUGGAAGAAUUAAAUGACAGUUUGGAGAAUGCUAAGAGAGAGUAUGACAUGUUACAGGAGGAACAUGAUAGACUGGCACAGAGGUAUAACAGGAUAUUACAGGAUCUACAGGAUAAAGAUGAUACAUACAGAAGAAGAAUUGAGGAGAUUGGCAAGGAGAAGUCAGUGGCAGUAUCAGAACAGAUGCAGACAAUCAAGCAACUGUCACUACAGAAUGAAUCUCUUACUCUCUCAUUUAAGGAACAACUGAGAUCAGCCCAUGAAGAUCAUCAUAGAGCUGUUGAACUGUUACAGUCUCAGAUUGACUCGCUCGAUCGUGAAAACCUCCGUCUACAGCGUGAUCUACAAAAUAUGCAGAAAAACGCCAUGUCCCCUCGGCAGAUUGAGAAAGAUAAAUCUGUUACACCCACACCACCAGAGUUUGUUCAAGAUUUCAGACACAUAGAGAGACAGGAGGGAGAAGGAUCAGAGAUUGUAGAUCCAGAACCUUGUCAUCGGGGUAAAUUACCGAAGCCAAGUCCAGGAUUGAUGCCUCUAGAUCAGUUACUGACAGCCGACAUGGAUGAUAACGCCAGUGUGACGAGUUCACAUGUUGAUUUUGAUGUGUUACAAGAUAAACUGAGCAAGGAACAGAAACAUAAUGAACACUUAACUGAGUUGAUGAAUGAAAGUGAAGCAGAUGUCAUGAGAUUAACAGAGCAGGUAAAAAUACUGAAAGAAGAAAUACGAAGACUUGAACGAAAUAUGCAACGGGAAAAAGAAACACAGAACCUUGAAUAUCUCAAAAAUAUCUUAAUGAAGUUCUUGAGUUUAAAAGUUGGAGAUGAAAGAAACCAACUUAUACCAGUUUUAAACACCAUGCUAAAACUUAGUUCGGAAGAGAAAGCGACAUUACAGAAAGUUGCUCAAGGUGAGGAAGCAUCAGAAGCUCAACAACCAGGUGGAUGGGGCUCAUACCUGCAUAGAUGGUCAGGACUAACGUAGACAGAUAUUCUUCUUAUCAUCAUCAUCAUCUUCAACAAAUGGUCAGAUAUGAUUUGAAGACAGUAAAAACUACUUGUUACAAUCUACAUGGAUGGCUAGAUGUACAAGGAUGUUAUUGUAUACAUGUGGUCGGUUAUAAAUUCUGCUUAAUGACAUAGUCAACUCUGAUGGUCUGGACCAACAUGGAGAUGAUAUUCUACACAUAUCAUCAUCAUCAGCAGCAUGAUAUGUCAUCUGUUUAUCUUCAUGUACACAGAUCCUGGACUGUUCUACUAUUGACAUAUGCAGUUUUUCUUUUAUCAAAUGAAAAUAUACCUAAUUGCUAGGGCUAACAUACUGUUAACUUGAUUUAAAAUUUUAUUGUGAUAAUGUUGGUUAAUGCAAUUGAAACCAGUGUUUUACUUGUGUUUUUUUUUUUCUGGAAUACUGGGAUAUAAAGUUACAUUUGACAUUUGUAAUUUGGAAAGGGGCCAAAUCAGUUCAUGAUUUGAAAAUUUAGUCUUUCGUCAGUUGUCACUUUCUCAUUUGUUGUCAUCACAGGUGUUGCAAAAAUUUAUUAGGACUUAGAAAGUUUAUUCAUGAUUUUUUCCGUUUAAUUACACAGUGCUAUUUAUUCAGUAGAUUAAAUAUAGCUGGAAAUUUAGAUGAGCUUGAAGGUAUGCUAUCUGGACCAAAAAGUGCAACAUCAUGUACUGUAAAAUCAGUUAAUUUUGUGGGCUUAUCUUUCAUACUUUUGGUAAAAAAAAAAUUAUUUUUUUUUGGAAAUUAUCAGUUUAUGGGAUUUCAACUGCCGUAGACAAAAUUAAUUGGAAUUUUGCUUCUUUAUUAGGAAUUAAUUUCAUGGAUAAACUCAACUACAAAAUCCACGAAAGUAUAUGUUAAGUGAAACUGUGGGUAAAGUGUAUGUAAAGCAUCUUGAAUUAAUAAUGCUGUUUUGAUGUUAACAUGGUUUGAUCCUUUGGCUGUCACCAGCCGCAUUAUAUCAAGUGUGCAGUGUAUCGUGAAGUUUACACAGAAAUUUUAUAGCAGACCAUCCUCUUAUGCUUAGAGAUAGCCGUUUGAUAUCCAGAUAUAGACUAAUAUAUUCUUGUGGUUUCUCACUGAGGCAAAGAAUUUUAUUUUGGCUGUGUUUGUGGUGAUUUGCAGUGAAUAGUUAAAUGGUUUAUGGUGGAAUCCAGUAUCAAAUUGCUGUACAUUUUGAGAUCCUUUAAAUAUUUAAAGAAUUAGCUUGUAGUCUGUUUAACAGAAAGUGUACUUAUGGAAUUCUGUGUUACAUUGAUAAACACUGUUGAUAUCGGUUGUGGCUUUUAUUGAUGAAAGAAUUUGGUUCAAAUUUGA